AUGGCAAAUCCCUUGGAUACAGAUGCCGGCUCUGAGAUGUUCAGCAGCUAUGAGAAUGAGUUCAAGCUCCUCCAGGCAGACCUCAACCAGAAAUUAGACCAAAUCUCGGAGUCGGGCGGAGAGCAGAGGAAGUCUGCGAUUAGACAGGCAGAACGUGCUUUGGAAGAGGCAACUGAACUGCUCGAUCAAAUGCGCAUGGAGAAACAAAACAUACCCUCUGCGACGCGCUCAAAAGUCAAUAUCCGCUUUCGUAACUACGCAACCGAUGUCGACGAACUCAAGCGCAAACUCAAGUCCCUCUCCGACGAUCGCAAGGCUCUCUUUGGUGAUCGCUACACGGACGAACCGCAAGAUGCGCAUCUAGAGCAGCGCCAGCAGCUCCUCUCGGGUACGGAACGAUUAGAAAGGAGCUCAGCGCGACUGCAGGAGAGCCAGCGAAUCGCUUUGGAAACUGAGGAUGUCGGACGGGGUACGUUGGCAGAGUUAAACCAGCAACGAGAGACGAUCCUGCAUGCGCGUGCGGGACUACAACGAGGAGAGGGUUACGUGGAUACGAGUAUUAAGACGUUGCGAGGGAUGGCCCGUAGGAUGGCUACGAAUCGGAUAAUCACCAUUGCGAUCAUUACUGUUCUAAUUCUGUUGAUCAUCGCGGUUAUUUACAGCAAGUUUCACUGA